AAUGCGUCCUCGGAGUGAUUUAAAAAUAACCCCUUAGCCCCGCCACUCACUCUGGACCGCUCACUCCACCUCACCCCGGGACACUGCGGUACCGGGCCACUCCGCCGCGGCUGCAGGAAUGUAAAGAUGGCCACAGACCUGGGAGAGCUGUUGGUCCCUUUCAUGCCCACCAUCCGUGUACCGAGAACCGGGGACAGGGUUUACAAGAGCGAGUGCGCCUUUUCUUACGAUUCUCCGGAGUCUGAUGGUGGGCUGUAUGUGUGUAUGAAUACGUUUCUGGGUUUUGGACGGGAACACGUGGAGAGGCAUUACCGUAAAACUGGACAGAGUGUGUACAUGCACCUGAAGCGCCAUGUUAAAGAGAAAGCCCCGGGUGCUGCUGGAGGAGUGGGACCCAGGCGCCGCAAUGGGAAGGUGUUUCUAGAUUUAGAGCUAAACCGUGAUUUUAACGGGGAUGAUUAUGAAUAUGAAGAUGAAGCCAAGCUUGUCAUAUUCCCAGACCACUAUGAGAUCCCUUUACCCAAUAUUGAGGAGUUGCCUGCCCUGGUGACCAUUGCGUGUGACGCUGUGCUGAACGCAGCAUCGGCGUAUAAAAACCCGGAGCCAGAUUCGUGGGAGGAGGAGCUACAAGUGUCCAAACAUGCCAGGAGUCUCAGACAGCAGGAGAACGGUGUCCGGAUCCCCCCCAGUGGUUGGAAGUGUGCGAAGUGUGAGCUGAGGGAGAACCUGUGGUUGAAUCUGACGGAUGGCUCUGUGCUGUGUGGGAAAUGGUUCUUUGACGGCAGUGGAGGAAAUGGACACGCCCUCGACCACUACAAAGAAACCAAAUUCUCACUUGCUGUCAAACUGGACACCAUCACACCGGACGGAGCAGAUAUUUAUUCGUUUGAUGAGGAGGAGGCGGUGCUGGACCCUCACAUAGCAGAGCACUUAUCACAUUUUGGAAUAGACAUGCUGAAGAUGCAGAGGACAGAGAACGGCCAUCACAUAGAUAACCACGUGCCAUCCCGCCCCAGCGAGUGGGAGGUGAUUCAGGAGUCGGGCCUGAAGCUAAAGGCAGUAUACGGCUCGGGAUAUACGGGCAUCAGGAACCUGGGCAACAGUUGCUACCUCAGCACCACUAUGCAAGUCCUCUUCAGCAUCCCAGAAUUCCAGAGGGCAUAUGUGGGGAAUCUACAGAGAAUAUUUGAUUACUCCCCCCUCGACCCCACCCAGGACUUCAGCACGCAGAUGGCAAAACUGGGUCACGGGCUUCUCUCAGGCCAGUAUUCCAAACCUCCAAUCAAAUCAGAACUCAUUGAACAGGUGAUGAAAGAAGAAUACAAGCAGCAACACAGAGGAAUUUCUCCUAGGAUGUUUAAAGCUCUGGUCAGCAAAGGUCACCCAGAAUUCUCUUCAAAUCGACAGCAGGACGCCCAGGAGUUCUUCCUGCACUUCAUCAACGUCGUAGAGAGGAACAGUAGUGGAUCGGAGAACCCCAGUGAUGUGUUCCGGUUUGUGGUAGAGGAGCGGGUUCAGUGCUGUCAGUCACAGAAGGUUCGCUACACCCAGAGAGUCGACUACCUGAUGCAGCUUCCUGUCCCCGUCGAGGCCGCCACCAACCGAGAGGAGCUGAUCGCGUAUGAAGUGAAGCGGAAGGAUGCUGAGGAGAACAUGCGAGCCCCUCCAGAACCAGUGAGGGCCCGCGUCCCCUUCACUGCCUGCCUGCAGGCCUUCACUGAGCCUGAAAAUGUUCCUGACUUCUGGAGCUCCGCCCUGCAGGCCAAGUCCGCUGGAGUGAAGACAUCUCGCUUUGCAUCCUUUCCCGACUACAUGGUCGUCCAGCUCAAAAAGUUCACAUUCGGAGUCGACUGGGUUCCCAAAAAGUUAGAUGUUUCAGUAGAUGUUCCUGAUUUUUUGGACCUGAACCGCCUGCGAGGGAUGGGGUUACAGGCAGGAGAAGAGGAGCUUCCUGACCUCACCCCCCCAAUCGUCAUUCCUGAGGAUACCAGAGACAGCUCCAUGAAUAACUCUUUGGAAUCUCCAGAGAUAGACGAGGCAGCGGUGAUGCAGCUGGCGGAGAUGGGCUUCCCGCUGGAGGCAUGUCGGAAGGCAGUGUACUACACCGGGAACAUGGGAGCCGAGAUGGCCUUUAAUUGGAUCAUCGCUCACAUGGAGGAGCCGGAUUUUGCUGAGCCACUUGCCGUUCCUGCUUACAUGGAACCGGACCUGCCCAGCCCCAGCCUGCCCACCGCCACCCCGCUCGACAACCAGCCGCCAGAGGAGAGCAUCGCCAUCCUCACCUCCAUGGGUUUCCCACGACACCACACCAUCCGGGCCCUCAGAGCCACGAAUAAUAAUCUGGAGCGAGCGCUGGACUGGAUCUUCACUCAUCCAGAAAGCGAGGAGGAGAGCGAGGCCCUGUCGGACAUGGCCGAUACCGAACCCAACAACACCGGCUUCUCCAACGCCAACCCACACAGCGACUCCACUCUCUCCCCAGACCAGGAGCUGUCUAGCCCCCGCAUCCGGGACGGCCCAGGACGAUAUGAACUCUUUGCUUUCAUUAGUCACAUGGGAACAUCCACGAUGUCGGGACAUUACGUAUGUCAUAUCAAAAAAGAGGGGCGGUGGGUAAUUUAUAACGAUCACAGAGUGUGCCUGUCGGAGAGACCUCCGAGAGAGCUGGGCUACAUCUACUUUUACAGACGACUGUCCACCUGUUAAACCUGGACCUUCUCAAACACAGAGCUGCACAGCCUGCUGGGUAAAGAGUAGGAGAAGGAGGAGGAAGAAGAAGAACAUUGAUACUGUUGGACUCAUUAAAACCAUAGAGACAGAGAGAGAGACCCUCAUAGCCCCCGAGACUCCUCAGCGCUCACCCACUGUGGGCGUGGUGAGCUGCGUGAUUGGUUGUUUGUGAUUGGUUAUUAGUUUAUUGCUGGUUUGUUGGGAGUGAAUGUAUGUUCUGUACCUGUGGUACAAAGGGAUGUGUGCAAUUUUAAAAUAUGCAGUUUAAUAUCCUAAUAUAUACACACACAUAUUAACGUAUUAAUGCCUCGUGUUACUGUGCCAGUAUUUUUCAAAAUAUUUUUCCCCCUUUUUUUCCAAAACUACACGUGUGCCUGGAUAUGGAAAUAUCGUUACUGCCAACCCAGCACACCGGAACACCGGAACAACGUACUGUGGAUAUUUUAUUUUAGUUUUGCACAACAAACAAUGCAGUGAAGAAUGUAAGAUUUUUCAGGGUGUGAACUUUGUAAAGUGAAGCGGAAUUAAGGUAUCAUAAUGUCAUGAAUGGCAUUAAUAAUAGUAAGUAAUACGAAUAGAACAAUUUCACGAAUGUGAAGGAGGAAACGAAAUACGUUUUAUUUUAUUUAUAUCGUUUUGGAAAAAAAUCAUGCACUGAAAUUUUUGAUGUUUGUAUUGAUCCGUCAGAGUUAUCUUAUAUUAUGGAUAACUUCAGCACAAUCUGAACUCGAUAUCUCCUGCAGGUUAAUGCCUCGGUCAGUGUUGCACCAUUGGAAAGUGCUUUACUCUCUCAGCCUCGUCCGGUUUCAGUGAUUGGACAGGUCUGAUUCAUCCUGAACUCUUCUCAUUUUUUAUCUUUUCUGUCUACAUAAGAAAUGUAGUGAACAUAUAACCAACAAAAUAAGCAAUAUUCAUAUGUGUCAUCUUUCAUAAACUCUUUAUCAGAUACAACAGUGCCGUAACGCUGAAUGUAUGUAUCUUUAUGGUGCUCAGAUAUACCAAAACCUUUAUCAUUUAUAGAUUUAUUUAUCCUCACAAAAUACAUUAAAAAAGUAUUCCCACUAUACUGGCUAUACCUCCCGCUGUACUUGCUACAGUAUGUCCCAGAAGUGAGUACACCCAUUACAUAUCAUUUGCAGCACGUUUCUGCAAAUAUUUUAUUGUAUCUUUCAUGUAAAACACUAUGGAACUGAAGCUUGGAACAGUGUAUAGCAGUGUAGAUUCACUGUCUUCUGAAAAUAACUCAGCACACAGCCAUUAAUGUCUAAACAUGUAUCAAUUGUGCCCAGAGUGUCAGUAUUUUGUGUCCAAUGUUAUUUUCCAGCACUACCAUCACAGAGCUGGUGGAUAAUACAGAUUUUGUGCUUCUCCAUCUUCCGUUUGAGGAUGUCCCACAGGUGCUUAAUUGGGUUUAGUUCUGGGGACAGGCUUGCUCACUCCAGCACCUUCACUUUUAGCCUAUGUGGCCUAGUUCCUGAAAGUAGCUGAUCAUGCUCUGCUUCAAAAUGUCACAGCGAUGACACCAUCUCUGUCUUAUCAGACCGCAAGACACGGUUCCAUUAAUCCAUGCUAUUGGACUGCUUGUCUUCAGGAAACAGUUUGCAGGCUUUCUUAUGCAUCAGCAUCAGAAGAGGCUUUCCUCUAGUUAGUUGAUGCAGUGUGUAGUGUGUGGUCUGAGCCCUGCAGACUGAACUCACACUUCAAGCUCUGCAGCAAAGCUGGCAGCACUCAUGUCUAUUUUUUAAAUCCAACCUCUGGAUAUUUUGCGGAAGAUGUGGAGGCCUGUUCUUAGGGAAACCUGUCCUGAAAAACUGCUGUGUGACGUUAGCCAUCAUGCUGUAUCAGUUUUAGGGUGUUAGAAAUCUUCUAAAAAGAGCAACAUCUUUAAAAAGAGCAACAAUUUAGUUUUUACAUCCUCAGAGAGAUCCAUGAAGUGCUGUGUUGAAUAUUCAUUGGUCAGCUAUUUAGACAUUAAUGACUGUGUUGAGUUAUUUUCUGAAGACAGUAAAUCUAUACUGCUAUACAAGUUGUGCAGUGAAUACUCUGUUAUAUCGAGUUUCAUUUCUAAAAUUAUAGUUCUUAUGUUUCUCAUCAGAUAGAAUAAAAUAUUUGCAGAAAUGUGAGUGUGGUUAUAAAUACUGUAUGUGUGGGAUAAUUUACGCUUUUUGUUUAAAUGUUUUGUUCCCCCCCUUUCUCUCUCUCUUUCUCUUGUGCUUACCGUCUCUCUCGUGCUCUCUCUCGUGCAUAUUGGCUCUCUCUCUCACGCACUCUUUCUCUCGCUCUCUUCACUCUCUCUCGCACUCUUUCUCUCGCUCUGUCUCUUUCACUCUUUCUUUCUCUCGCGCUCUCUCUCUCGUGCUCACUGUGUCUUUCAUUUAAAGGGAUGCUGGGGGACGGAGGAUUUGCUGUCUGUCUCUAAGCUCCUCCCCCUGUCCUGUUAGGAGGUGUGGCUGAUACUUGGACCGCCUCCAUCUGAAACAUGCCUUGAUCUGGUGAGCUUGUGCACUAAAGGUCAGAGGUCAGCUGCUCAGUGUUUGAACUGUAUAGUUUUGUUUUUAUGGUGAUACAAGUUUUUAUUUUUGCUCUUUUUGCAGAAAGUGUGCCAAUUCUGACGUUCUAUAAACUUUACACAGCGUGUGUUUGAUCUUUUGUAAUGAUCUUCCUUUCCGAAUAUGUAAUGAGGACGGAUACCUCUCCGCUCAUCCUCAUUAGUGUGUUUGGAUUAUUCAAUAAAACACAUAAUUGUU